AUGGAGAAAGACACCAUUCUUGUCGAAAAGCAGGGAGUCUCCACUCCGUGGCAAUACACCAGCGAAAUGGCCAAACAUGGCGGUAAGAUCGUUCCAAACUCUUGGUUCGUCGACAACGGUCGGUGCCUUCCGUAUGAGUUCAGUUUUGUGCCUUUUACAAAGCCAGAGCCGCCGGAGUUGAGCACGUAUGCCUCAUUUGCCACUGAGUAUUUUCAACUGGUGGAAGCUGCCGGGCUCCAAGACCUGGUAGGUCUGCGACGCCUCUUCGGAGACGAAGGCACUGGGAUGCUGGAGUGCACAGAAGGCAAAGCGAACAUCAUGUUUUCCAGCGAUGAGGUUCCUGCAGAUCGGCUGGAGAACGGAACGUCGACGCUGUGGUUCUUUGAUGGACAUCCUCCAUUCCGGAUGUAUAAAUGCUCUUGUGUCGACACCAGUCCUACCAGCAAUACGAACCAUAACCAUAUUGAUCGGAACUGA